AGAGGAGGCAGGCUCCAUCUCUCAGAAGCCGCUGUCCUGGUACUUGAGGCCUAUAAUAAAUAAAGGAACCACAGUGAAUAUAACUAGUCUGCGCGCAGAAAUAAGACAGAAGAGUUGGUGCGCGAGGGAAGUAGCAUAGUGUGCACGUGUGUUUAUAUCUGGGUUCAGUUUUUGUAAUUCUGUAUUUCCAUAAUUGUCAGUGUAUAUUUUAGUUGAAUUACACAUUUAUUUCACCAUCAUCAACGCUAUCUUAAUUUAUUUUAAUUACCGGGAUGUUGCUUUUAAUGGAUUCUAAAUCGCAGAGUCAAGCGUCUUUUUCUGGGGACGAACAUUUACACUUUGUAUCAGCACUGGCAGAAAACUCACCGGACUCAUUCAGGAAAUGCAAGCGCAGAGAAAACAACCGAGCGGCAGCGCAGAGGAGCAGAAAGAAGCAGACAGAACGAGCGGACGAGCUGCACAAGGAGCUGCAGUCGCUGGAACAUUCCAAUGCAGCGUAUGAAAAAGAGAUAGCAAGCCUUCGAGAGGAGAUUGAGAAGUACACGGCUGCUCUUCAGCGACAUGAACCACACUGCCCCCUUCAUACAUCCCCCUGCCUGGAAAUCCCCCCACACUCCUCCACAUCUCCUGCAGCCCUCACCCUCGCCUCUAAUCUCACCCCCGUCCCUGCCAGCCACCCACCUCCAGAGCUCCAAGACUCUACAGAUUGGUCUGAUAUCUUGGCGUCCAUCCUUUAGGGUAUAACGGAGACGUGUUGUGAGUGUCACAAAGGUUGAGGGGUUCUGAACUGGGAAGGCAUGAAGUUCGCAGGUUCCAGGUGAGAAGAUUUGGAGCAGAAGCAGAGCCCAUCGGCAGAGACUGGACAGCCCUGACAACUACCUCAUUUGUUUUUUUGCAACAUCAUCAACGCCAGUAAGCAUAUUGAAAUACUCAGUCCUUUUGUCAAAACACUGAAUAUUGAUUAUGGACAUUGCUAACCAGUCUGCUGCUAUGAAGAAAUAUUUUUAAUUAUGAUAGUUAUGAUAGUGUGAUGUACUGUACAAGAAUACAGUACUUUAUAUUGCACAUUUAAUUUUUGUGUCAGUGUGUGUAAUGUAGUGUGUAUAUAUAUAGGUGUGUUUUUCUUUAUAUUUAUAUAAACUCAGUAGUUACUUUAUUAGGUAUCCGUACAGGAAUAACUUUUAUCUUCAUAAUCUUCUUGUUAGCUUUAACCAACCUGGAUAUUCGACCUACCGGUAGUCAGGCCUUUUCCACAAACGAAUUACCGAUAAGCAGCAGGUAGUUUGACGUAAUGAGAAGGUAUACCUCAUAAACAGCCAACUGAGUGCUUAUGACUUCACAUGCGUGGAUUUAUUGUAGGCUACAACUGAAAAAAAACAUUUAUAGACAGGAAAGACCAAGGUAUGGUUGCUGAGAACCUCGAUAGAUCGCUGUAUAUCUGUAAUAUAACAGAGGAAUUCCGGAAAUGCAGCUGGUUCCGCAAGUUAGAACUAACAGUGAGACCAAUUAAUGUAUGGUAUUAGUCAUCCGAGGGCUUUGUGGGUAGUGCGGCAGCAUCAGAAGACCAGUGCAUGGUUCUGUUAUUCUGUAUUUGGCUCUGUAUACGUGAAGUUUGCAUGUUGUCACUGUGUAUGUGUGGGUGUGUUCCUGGUAUUCCCGCGUCCUCCCACAGUCCAGAAACGUGUGGUUUUGGUGAAUCGAUGUCUUUAAAUUGUUGGGCGCGUGCAUUACGAUCCUUCCCAGGGUGCUCCUCUGCCUUGUACACUGACCUUGUUCUGGAUUAACGGUAUGGAACAUAGAUGUUGUUUUUUCCCCCACUUCGGAUCCCUUUGGAUGCAUGACAUUAUACACUAAGGCCAUUAAAAUAAUGGUUAAUGUGACGAUUUCAAAUUUAUCGUAUACAAUAUUUUUUUCCUACUACAUUCUUUUGUAAGAACAGAAAUAAAGUGUGUAUUAUUUUUAUGGA